AUGAAGCACGGUGCUCAGCUCGUCGGCCCGUGCGCGCGGGCGCAGGGAGCUCGCCAGUGCACGGCGCCGUCGGGCGCCGCAGAGCCCAUGCCCAGGGUUGCGUUCGUGGAGCAGCGGGCGACGGCGCGGCUGCCGCAUGACACCCUCAUGGAUGCGCAGGUUCUGGCGCUAGUACGGGACUGGCGCAGUAAGCCCAUUGACAUGGAGGCGGCGACGCUUGUCAGCGCAGAGAUCAACAGCGAAUUGGGCAACGUCGCAGCUGGAGUUCGCAACGCUGACGCUGCAGGGAGGCCCAACCAGACCACCAGCUGCUUAGAGAAGUUCUUCACGAAGUCUGAUUGGCAGACGUCCCAGGACCCGAGGCUGUCCAUGCAGCCUAAAUUAAAAUGCGCGGGAACUCGCAUGGCGAAGCUGGGCUGCUCGCGCCCCUCCACACCGACCCUAAAGCGUGGCGUUUCGAUACUGCUCGUUGUUGCUUGCGACUACGCAGUGGAACCGCAUGCGAAGAAGCAGCGGUGCCAUGACCUCAAGGAAGUGAUCCAGAGCUGGGGCAAUAAUAUCAAGUGCCCGAUGGGCCACGUGCGAUCUUACCCGCACAACCCGUCCGACCUGCGCGAAGACGUUAAGAACUUCGCAUACGACGUUGACCAUCCUGUCGAUUCUCCCGCGGCCGUGGUUUCUGCCUGCCUUGACGCCUCAAGCGAUUCAGGCUACGCCAAGUACUCAGGCGGCAAGGGCUGCAAGGCCGCGUUGAAGCGGCCUGCUGCUGAGAAGAAGCCCGGAGCUUACGAGACGAGCGGCCCCGAGAAGGCGGUGGUCGACAACCCCCCGCGACCAGAGGUGCUCCUGCAGGGUUGCGAGUCCGCAGUGGCGUUGUGCAAUGUCAUUGCCAAGCGCAGUGUUGUGAAUAGUGGCCAUGUGACUCCAAAUGACCUGUUCCAAUGCAUAGUCGGCCACAUGCAGUUGCACUACACGGUUUACGAGCACACGAUGUUCAAACCAAAGGCGUUCGUGCAGCCGGGGGCCCUGGCGCGCGGCCACGGCGCCCUGCCCGCCCUCGCCGCCGGCGCCGAGGCCAGCGCCCUGGCGGUGCCCAGGAACGUUGCGCGGAGCGCCUACCAGAGGAUCGAGGGCGUGACGGCGGAGGCGGCGAAGCCCAUCCCGAAGCCGCCGUCGAACAAGCCUAUAUACACCUACAAGCCGCAGAUGACCGUGGCCCCGGCCCUGGGGGUCCCCGUGGCCGUCCCUGAGGAGAAGGCGGGCCUGGGGUGCACAACGCGGGUCUUGGGCCUCGAUUGGUUCGGGGGCGGCUAA